AUGAACCGAUGCAGUCUGUGGCAACAGAGGGCGCGUCUCGAUACGGUGGAGCCAGUGAAGCAGGCGUUCCCAGCUGAUGUGCCGCCGGCUGCGCACUCCCCCGCGGGUGCGCCGGAUGGACACGGCACUGUCUUCUCUCAUCAUGACGGCGAGGAGCACAACGACUCGGCAAACCGAGACGAGCAGGCUAGCUACCCAUCGCAGUCUCCGCUGCCGCCAUCUCCUUCGGCGGCCACACCCUACACAGGCAACUGGCCUCCGUAUGCGCUGCUUCUCGUCUCUUGCUUGAUCGUGGCCGCGGCGGGUCUCGGCGGCAGUGCGGCUCGUGUGGCGCUGCAGAAGUGCUUUGAGAAGAACCCCUUCUUUCCGAAGUACACCUACAUCGGGCCCAACAGCCUGGGCAGCUUCUUGAUGGGCUUCUCUGUGACCGUCCUCCCACCCGAGGGCGCGCUGCCUUUGACCCACCGCGCCCUCUGCGUCGGCUUCUGCGGCAGCUUUACGACGUUCAGCUCGUGGAUUGUCAAGGCGAUGGUUCAGAACACCGUCGCAGAUGCCUUGGAGCACCUGUUCAUUGGCGGCACAAUGCCCCUUGUGUUCUUCCUCUGGGGCCGUGACUGCGGGCGUGGCGUGCGGUGGUGCUGCGAGCAUGUCGUUGACUCUCCGUGGGAGACAUGGCCAUUGCACCGCUCGCUCCUUCGUGCUGUUGAUGCCGUCAUGUUUGUCCUUGUGUUUCUUGCAUCGAUCCUAGCGCCGGUUCUUGUGCUGGUGUACAUCGGCGAGGGCGGCAUUCGUGUCAUCUCCACCGACGACGUUCGCAUGGUAGUGCUCGCCCCUGCCGGCGCGGUCACCCGCUUUAUGCUGUCGGUCUACCUAAACAAGAAGGCCUGCGCCGCUCAGUUCCCACUGGGCACGCUAGCAGCCAACCUUCUAGGUGUGCUGCUCGCUAUCAUCAUGUACAACAUGGAGGUCAACCACCUCUCCUGCGAGUGGUGCAUCGCUGUCCAGAACGGCAUUUGCGGGGCGCUCUCCACCGUGUCCUCCGUCGCGAACGAGCUGGUUAGUUUCUACGGCAGCGGGCGAAUGCUGUCAGCGUACGUCUACGCGCUGGUGUCAGUUGGUUUCAGCGUCUUCAUUGCCGGCGUUGGGCGACCUCAACUUUACCGCCACGCUGUGAGCUGA